GGCCGAGUUUGAACUGAACCGUCUGCUGCUACGCCAAAUUCAGUCGUCUUACAGUGAGCUACAUACGCCGAUAAAAAUAUAUCAGCGUGCAGAGAAGUAGUAAUCGUGCAUGUGUUGGCGUUCCCACAGUAUUUGGGAGGGCCAGAGACAAAAAUAUUAUUUUAUUUAACUCGCUGAAUUUAACUUCAAGUUGUUUCAGUUCACCCUGGGGCAGUGUAUUGACAGCGUCGCGGCCGCUGCUGCACCGGUUGUCGAAGCCAACGAAAAGAAGGCGAAAAUGCCGAUGGACUUUUAUUACCUGCCCCCCAGCCCGCCCUGUCGUUCCGUCCUGUUGCUGGCGAAAAGGCUGGGCAUUGAGUUUAAUCUGAAGAAAGUUAACAUCUUGACUGGCGAACAACUCACUCCAGAAUUCAUCAAGUUAAAUCCUCAACAUACGGUCCCAACUUUAGAUGACAAUGGUUUCGUCUUGUGGGAAAGCCGCGCCAUAUUAGGCUACCUGGUGAACCAGUAUGGGAAGGAUGAGUCGUUGUAUCCUACUGAGCCCAAGAAGCGCGCCAUUGUGGAUCAGAGGCUCUACUUCGAUGCCGGAACCCUUCACACCAGGAAUGCUCAUUACAUGGAGCCAGUUUUCUUCUUCGGUGAAGCACCCAAGCCGGAGAAAUUAGAAAAGAUUAAUGAAGCUCUCGGCUACCUGAAUUUGUUCCUAGAGGGUCAGGACUGGGUCGCUGGAGACAACAUUACAAUCGCAGACAUUUGCCUUGUCGUAUCUGUUUCGAACUCAGAGGCAAUUGGAGCUGACAUCUCCGUGUUCCCUAAUCUUGUUGCCUGGUAUGAAAAGAUGAAAACAGAACUCGAGGACUAUGAAGAGAUCAAUCAGACUGGGGCGAAUGUUCUUGGCGAAAUGUUUCGCAGUAAACUUACUUGAACAUUUCCGUUCAGUUUGUCAUAUACAGAGUUUUAUGUAAAAGACACAAGUUAUUUUCGUCCUUGAAAUCUGCAAUUUUAAUGUAUACAUUUUUAUUAGACUUAUAAGAACCAUAUUAUUUUCUGCGUUCUCAUAUUUAAACUCGGCGUAUAAUCUUAUUCCCCUGACGUCACUUACACCAAAAGCAAGAAAUUUUGUGACAUUUUUAAGAAACGUGAAGCAACUGAAUAUUUCAGUAUCAAUUUGCAUCUCCAAAUCUUUAGUUCCAGAAGAGGAGUUAAAACCCAAGCGACACACUACGGCGAUCUUUGAAAAUAUAUAUAAAACUUAUAAGGUCACAGAUUGUUCAAAGCCGACAAAAUGCAAUAUAAACAGAACUCUUGAUUUUAUAAAUGACAUUUCUCAAUAAUCCGAAAGGUGUCCGGCUACAAGUAUCCAAACAAGGAAUUCCGAUAGGCCGCGCCAUAGCUUAA